AGAAAGCGGGCCUUUUGGAUGCUAAAUAGAGAAAGGGGUGCCGCGCCAUAUUCUAGCUCCACAGGCGACGGAGCUUGCGACCCUCUCUGAAUCUCUGACUUCCAAUUUGAAUCUUUUCAAUCCUCUGGGAAAACUGGGGGAUUUUGCGGUUGCGACGAGCGAUUGAAACAAGUGGAAGAAGCUAAUUGUUGUGUCUAUCAUUCCUAGAGCUUCAGCUGCGAGUUUGUCUCUUCAUCUCUCUCAACUAAUCUAAGGCCCAUUUACAGUUUUAAUGGCUGAUAGAAUGAGUACAUAGCCAAACGAAGAAACCUCCUCUACCAAUGGUGAUCGUUGUCUCCGCCUCCCCUUUGCCGAAUCCAACCCACUCGAUUUUACUCUCUUCUAACAAAUUUUAUCCUCAUGCUAAGUUGCUCCACCGCAGUCCCUUUCAAUCUCCCUCUUCCUUCUUUAUAUCUCAUUCCUCUACUCGGUUUAGGCGCUGUCGGCUGGCUACCACACCUGUAGUUGCUUCCCUCAAGGAGGAUGUGGGUCGUGUAACUAAGACUUUCAGUGAUAUCACUAGUUUGAACUACUGGGUGGUUCGAGAUUACUAUCGACUGGUGAGCUCUGUAAACGUUUUGGAGCCGGGGAUUCAGCAAUUGUCAGAUGAAGAGUUAUCUGGAAAGACGAAGCAGUUUCGACAGCGGCUCAGACAAGGAGAAACAGUUGCAGAUAUUCAAGCCGAUGCAUUUGCUGUUGUACGUGAAGCUGCAAAAAGGAAGCUUGGAAUGCGUCAUUUUGAUACUCAGAUCAUUGGUGGCGCUGUUCUUCAUGACGGGUCUAUUGCUGAAAUGAAGACAGGGGAGGGUAAAACCUUGGUAUCGACAUUGGCCGCAUAUCUUAAUGCCCUGACUGGUGAAGGUGUUCAUGUGGUAACUGUCAAUGACUACCUUGCUCAACGUGAUGCUGAAUGGAUGGGUCGUGUUCACCGCUUCUUGGGUCUUUCUGUUGGUCUUAUCCAAAAGGGGAUGACAGCUGAGCAGAGGAGAAUAAACUACAGAUGUGAUAUUACUUAUAUGAACAAUUCAGAACUUGGUUUUGAUUAUCUCCGAGAUAAUCUUGCAGGAAGCACUGAACAACUCGUGAUGAGAUGGCCAAAACCAUUUCAUUUUGCUAUAGUUGAUGAAGUUGAUUCUGUGCUCAUUGAUGAAGGGAGAAAUCCUCUAUUGAUAAGUGGUGAGGCAAGUGAAGAUGCUGCCCGCUAUCCUGUUGCUGCUAAAGUGGCAGAGUUGCUUAGAAAGGAUAUUCAUUAUAAGGUGGAACUGAAGGACAAUUCAGUGGAGUUGACUGAGGAAGGAAUUCUGUUGGCUGAGAUGGCUUUAGAAACAAGUGACCUGUGGGAUGAAAAUGAUCCUUGGGCUAGAUUUGUUAUGAAUGCUCUGAAAGCUAAGGAAUUUUAUCGCCGAGAUGUUCAGUAUAUGGUUAGGAAUGGGAAGGCUCUAAUAAUCAAUGAGUUAACCGGUAGAGUUGAAGAGAAAAGGAGAUGGUCCGAAGGGAUUCACCAAGCUAUUGAGGCAAAGGAAGGUCUCAAGAUCCAGGCCGACUCUGUAGUUGUGGCACAAAUCACGUAUCAAUCACUAUUCAAGCUGUACCCUAAGUUGUCAGGGAUGACUGGCACAGCAAAAACUGAAGAGAAGGAGUUUCUGAAAAUGUUUCAAGUGCCUGUUAUUGAGGUUCCAACAAAUCUGCCAAAUAUUCGAAAAGAUUUGCCUAUCCUAGCUUUUGCGACUGCACGAGGAAAAUGGGAACAUGUGCGUGAAGAAGUUGAAUCCAUGUUUAGACAAGGUCGUCCUGUUUUGGUUGGUACAACAAGUGUUGAGAAUUCUGAAUAUUUAUCCCGCUUACUAAGAGAACGAAAGAUCCCUCACAAUGUUCUAAAUGCGAGGCCCAGGUAUGCUGCUAGGGAAGCUGAGAUUGUUGCCCAGGCAGGGAGAAAAUUUGCCAUUACCAUUUCUACUAAUAUGGCUGGCAGAGGCACAGAUAUAAUUCUAGGAGGGAACCCAAAGAUGCUUGCAAGAGAAGUUAUAGAAGAUAGCUUGCUGUUACAUUUGACAAAUGAAACUCCUGAAGCUGAAGUUGAAGGGGAGCUCCUUGUAGGAAAGGUGCUCUCAAAGAUAAAGGUUGGACCAUCUUCAUUGGCUUUGCUAGCUAAGGCUGCCUUGAUGAGUAAGUAUGUCUGCAAGGCUGAAGGCAAGAAGUGGACAUAUGAAGAAGCCAAAUCUAUUCUUUCCGAGUCUGUGGAAAUGGGUCAGUCGAAAGAUUUGCAAGAGCUUGAGCAACUUCUUAAUGAACAGGCAGAGAUGUACCCUCUUGGACCAUCAAUUGCUCUUAGUUAUAUCUCAGUCCUAAAGGAUUGUGAAGAACACUGUUUAAAUGAAGGGUUGGAAGUAAAAAACCUUGGGGGCCUGCAUGUGGUUGGAACAUCAUUGCACGAGUCUAGAAGAAUAGAUAACCAGCUUCGUGGCAGGGCAGGCAGACAAGGGGAUCCAGGAUCAACCCGUUUCAUGGUCAGCUUACAAGAUGAGAUGUUUCAGAAAUUCAAUUUCGACACUGAAUGGGCUGUAAGGCUUAUAUCAAAGAUUACAAAUGAUGAGGAUAUACCCAUUGAAGGUGAUGCUAUAGUAAAACAGCUGCUGGCUCUGCAAGUCAAUGCAGAGAAAUACUUUUUUGGCAUUCGGAAGAGUCUGGUGGAGUUUGAUGAAGUAUUAGAGGUCCAAAGAAAGCAUGUCUAUAAUCUUAGGCAAGUUAUUUUGGCCGGAAAAUCUGAAAAUUGCUCUGAACAUGUCUUUCAGUACAUGCAAGCGGUGGUAGAUGAAAUCAUUUUGGGUAAUGUUGAUCCACUUCAGCAUCCUAGCAAGUGGAACUUGGGUAAGCUUUUGAAGGAUUUCAACCAAGUUGCAGGAAAUAUUCUUGAUGUUUCAUUUACUGCAGUUAGAGAAGAAACAUUACUGGAAUCCACAUUACAACUUCGGGAGUUGGAUUAUAUAGAUAUUAACAACUUCUACCUUCCAAACUUGCCUCAGCCUCCAAAUGCAUUCAGGGGAAUCCGCAUGAAAAGCUCCUCUUUGAAACGUUGGCUUACGAUAUGCUAUGAUGAUGAUUCCAUCAAAGAUGGAAAGAUGCGUGCAACUGUUAAUCUUCUCCGCAAGUACUUUGGUGACGUUCUGAUUGCUUCAUAUCUAGACACUGUUCAAGAAUCAGGUUAUGAUGAUGGAUAUGUCAAAGAGAUAGAGAGGACUGUUUUGGUGAAGACUCUGGAUUGUUUUUGGAGGGAUCAUCUCGUAAACAUGAAUAGGCUCAGUUCAGCGGUAAAUGUAAGAAGUUUUGGACACAGGAAUCCUCUUGAGGAGUACAAAAUUGAUGGAUGCAGAUUCUUCAUCUCAAUGCUCAGUGCAACUAGGAGACUAACUGUAGAAUCUAUUUUGAGGUACUGGUCAUCUCCAAUGGAAUCACAAGAAAUAUAUCUAUAAUAGAAGAAGAGCCAUUAUUCUUGCAAAUAUAAUAACUUAUAAAAUCAAUGUAGAAACCAUUCAUUUAGUUGUAAGAGCAAUUGCUAAUUAUUAGAAAUUCAAAUUAUGUAUUUGACUUUUAAUAGUACAAAUAAUUUAGUG